AGCCGUUUCGGUUCAAUUCUGCCCGCAUUGCAGCCUGGGGCAGCCCUGCCAGCGCCCCCGCCAUCAGCCCGACAACCGUUGAGCGAUGGCAAUGGGGCUUCUGGUCCUGCUGGGCUCCCUCGCCGGGCACUCCGCCGCCGCGCGGCUGUCGCGCAGCGGCGGCGCGGAGGCGCGCGCCGCGGCCUCCGAGCUAUCAGGCGAGUGGUCCGCGUGCCGGCGGGCCGAGGCCGAGGACUUGCAGAAGUGGGUCCUUGAGCGCCGAGCCUCGCAGGACCGCAGCUUCUGGGGCGCGCAGUGGGACUCGCAGGAGGAGGAGCUGCUGCAGGUCCAGGCCGCGGCCGCGGCGAUGCGGCGGAGCGCCGCGGACGCGCCCCCGAACGUCUCCGCCCCCCGCCCGGCGAACGCUUCGCGGCCGCCGAGCGCCAGGAAGCACAGCCCGUCGCCGCUGGCUGGCCUGAACAUCAGCCUCAACCCGAAGACCCCCGCAGACUUGCUGCCCACGCUGGCCAUGCUGAAGGCCCUGUACGCGGAGGGCAAGGAGCGCAUCGCGAAGCUGAACGAGCGCGAGAAGUUGUCCAAGCAGCAGUUCGAGAGCAAGGAGGUGGAGCACAAGGCACGGCUGGCGAAGAUCGAGGGGAAGGUGACGGACCACAAGCUCAGCGCGGCCUUCGCCGCCAACGAGACACACGACGAGAACCGGCUGUGGAGCUACUGGCAGCGCGUCCGGGAGAGGCAGCACCGGCAGUUUCACACCAGCCUCAAAAUCCAGCACGGCACGAUGGAGCGGGAGAAGCAGAUGAUCGACAUGUACGAGAAGACGAUCGCUGGCACGGCCGACAAGGAGUCGGUGGCGAGCGAGCUCUCCAAGGUGGCGGGGGGCUCCGCCCCGGAGGUCGUCUUCGCCCAGGGCGCCGCGCUGCUGCAGGCCAGCUCCUACUGCGCCGCGGCCCUGGCGGAGGUGCGCGCCGCGCGCCGCGAGCUGCGGGAGGGCGAGCAGUCCAGGCGUGUCCCAGCCAUCGCGGUAUCCACUUCGGCCAACGCUGCUGGCACCGCGGAGUUCUCCGAGAUCUCCACGUCGGACGGCGUCUGCAAGACUCAAAACAGUGACAAGGUGACCGCCAUAAAGUUCUGUGGCCCUGGUGAGUUGACGCUCUCGCGCAUGCAGUGCAGCGAUCACCACGAAUAUAAGGCAAUGGUGGUGAAGCACAGCUCGGCUGACUACACCACUAAUUGUGAGACGAUAGCCACAAAGGGUACUGUCGUCGAGGGCUGGCUCGGGAGUUUCACUCUGAGCUGCUAAGCCGCUCUUGCCUCCCAAACCCGACGCAGGAAGACGGUCGCAGUCUGAACAACAUUUCUCGGCCCAAGUCCAGUUGGGCAGUUGUUGCGCGUAGCUUCGGUCGAGCUUCGCACUCCCAAGUGCGGGGCAUUGAAGCUUGUGCUGUUUUCUCGUUGUAACCAUACUGUCGCUGCAGAGGUUCGUAUCCCCUAGUUGUAAAUACCCGCAGUAUGCCCUCUCAGAGGGACCUAGGACUGAGCUUGGGGCCCAGGGCCGUCAAACAGGAUGACCCAGAGGAGCAUGCUUCCGACCAACCGGGAGCAGGAGCGUGACGCGGUGACGUGCUUAGGAAGACCGGGAGCCGCAGAACCCAUUCCCUGACGCACCGCUUGAAAAAUGGC